AUGAAGUUGGUUGUGCUGACUCUGUGUUUAGUUGCGUUAGUCCUUGCUGAGGAAAAAUAUGAGGAAGUGGAAAAUAAUUUUGACAUAACAGAAUUAUUGAAAAAUGAUCGAUUACUGAUGUCUUAUAUAAAAUGUUUGUUGAACAAAGGACCGUGCACUCCAGAAGUGAAAAAAAUCAAAGAAAAGCUACCGGAGGCACUCGAAACUCAUUGCGCUAAAUGUACCGAUAAACAAAAGCAAAUGGGAAAGGUGUUGGCUCAGCAAGUGAAGAAGACGCAUCCUGAACUGUGGCAAGAACUUAAAGCUUUAUACGACCCUCAAGGCAAAUAUCAAAAAGUUUUCCAAGAUUACUUCAGUGCUUAA